AUGCCUGAAAACUACGGUCAAUACCAACAAACCAUCUACUCCAAUGGAAUGUUUUCCAGCGGUCGUCCAGUCAUCACAACCGAUCCACGUCUACUGGAGGAACAAGCACGCAAAACCAUGAGCUUACAGUCCUUUGGCUACAUAGCCGGUGGAGCUGGAGAGAAGGCGACUAUGGAUAGUAACCGUUUAGCGUUUCGCCAGUGGAAGUUAAUACCGAAGAUGUUGAGAACGACAGAGGUUGAUACCUCAAUCGAACUCUUUGGAGAGAAAUACUCCCAUCCAGUCCUCAUGGCGCCCAUCGGUGUUCAAGCUCUGGCCCAUCGAGAUAAGGAAACAGGCCUUGCCGAGGCCUGCUCUGAAGUUGAUGUCCCAUAUAUUUUGAGUACCGCUUCUGGAUCAUCAUUCGAGGACAUAGCCGCCAGUUGUGGAGAUGUCCCAAAAUGGUAUCAGCUGUACUGGCCGAAUGACAAUGAUAUCACGAUUUCGCUGUUGAAAAGGGCGAAGGAAAAUGGAUACAAGGCACUUGUAGUGACUUUAGAUACUUGGACUCUAGCGUGGCGUCCGGCGGAUCUCGACACCGGAUAUCUACCUUUCCUGGCAGGCAUUGGGACAGAAUUUGGUCUAACAGACCCUGUAUUCCGUGCAAAGUUUGAAGCAGACACCGGAUCAAAAGUCGAAGAUGAACCACUUGGAGCCGCCAGGGCAUGGUUGCAGAGUAUCUUCGGUGUCAAUCAUACCUGGGAAGAUGUGGCCUUUCUGCGAAAGAAUUGGGAUGGGCCGCUUAUCCUCAAGGGUAUACAACAUGUGGACGAUGCGAGAACUGCUUUGAAAUAUGGUUGUGACGGUAUCGUGGUAUCAAAUCAUGGAGGCCGACAGCUGGACGGAGCAAUCGGCUCGCUCGAAGUCUUACCCGAAAUUGUCGAUGCAGUUGGCAAAGAUAUGACUGUUCUAUUCGAUUCCGGAAUCCGCACAGGCUCUGAUAUCGUCAAAGCCAUUGCACUCGGCGCAAAAGCAGUGUUUGUUGGUAGGCCGGUGAUGUAUGGAUAUGGUAUCAAUGGAAAGGAAGGCGCGAAAGAAGUCCUGCAAGGCUUACUGGCCGAUUUUUAUUUGAGUAUGGCUAUUGCGGGGAUUCCAUCGAUUGCCGAUUGUCAUCGGGAAGUACUCCGGAAGGUUCAGUAUGGUGGUGAUCUGAAGGCUUCUCUGUAG